UCUCUCUGGGCAAAGCUGGGAAUUGGGUGGGAUUAGACGGAGCAGCCCCGGCGCCACCGCGAGCAAAGCCCAGUUUGGAGAGGGCGGGGGUGCCCCUCAAUCAACGGCGACGAGCGCCCCUGGCCUCUCGUGCUCUCGGCUUGCUCUCCCCCAGCGUCCAGCAGGGAGGAGUCGGCAGCGCGGGGAGCUUUGCUGCCGACGGCGCUGUAGUCCGCACCCAGCUCCCACAGCCCCCAGCCCGGCCCCAGCGGGGCGCCCCAUUCUCUUCCCCGUCCACCGUGCGGGGACCCGCCAGCUUCCGUCCUCCUGGGGCUGUACGACCUGCCCCGGCCGCCCAGAGCUCCAGCCAUGGGCUUGGGGUGCGUGCCCGGGCUCUGCCUGCUGGUCCUGCUGGUCCACGCCCGCGCCGCCCAGCACAGCAAAGCCUCGCAAGAUGUGGACGAGUGUGUAGAAGGGACUGACAACUGCCAUAUUGAUGCUAUCUGCCAGAACACCCCUCGGUCAUAUAAGUGCAUCUGCAAGUCAGGCUACACAGGAGAUGGGAAGCAUUGCAAAGAUGUGGAUGAGUGUGAGCGAGAAGAUAAUGCAGGUUGUGUGCAUGACUGCGUCAACAUCCCUGGCAAUUACCGGUGUACCUGCUAUGAUGGAUUCCACUUGGCACAUGAUGGGCACAACUGUCUGGAUGUGGACGAAUGUGCGGAAGGCAACGGUGGCUGCCAGCAGAGCUGUGUCAACAUGAUGGGCAGCUACGAGUGCCACUGCCGGGAAGGCUUCUUCCUCAGUGACAACCAGCACACCUGCAUCCAGCGGCCAGAAGGAAUGAACUGCAUGAACAAGAACCAUGGCUGUGCCCACAUUUGCCGGGAGACACCCAAGGGGGGGAUUGCCUGUGAAUGCCGCCCCGGCUUUGAGCUCACCAAGAAUCAACGGGACUGUAAAUUGACGUGCAACUAUGGUAAUGGUGGCUGUCAACACACCUGCGAUGACACGGAGCAGGGUCCCCGGUGCGGUUGCCACGUCAAGUUUGUGCUUCAUACGGACGGGAAGACAUGCAUCGAAACCUGUGCUGUCAACAAUGGGGGCUGCGACAGUAAGUGCCACGAUGCGGCUACUGGUGUCCACUGCAGCUGCCCUGUGGGCUUCAUGCUGCAGCCAGACAGGAAGACCUGCAAAGACAUAGAUGAGUGCCGCCUGAACAACGGAGGCUGUGACCACAUUUGCCGCAACACAGUGGGCAGCUUCGAAUGCAGCUGCAAGAAAGGCUAUAAGCUUCUCAUCAAUGAGAGAAACUGUCAGGACAUAGAUGAGUGUUCCUUUGAUAGAACCUGUGACCACAUAUGUGUCAACACGCCAGGAAGCUUCCAGUGCCUCUGCCGUCGUGGCUACCUUCUCUAUGGACUCACACACUGUGGGGAUGUGGACGAAUGCAGCAUCAACCGAGGAGGCUGCCGCUUUGGCUGCAUCAACACACCAGGAAGCUACCAGUGUACCUGCCCAGCAGGCCAGGGCCGGCUGCACUGGAACGGCAAGGACUGCACAGAACCUGUUAAGUGUCAGGGAAAUCCUGGGGCCUCAAAAGCCAUGCUCAGCUGCAACCGCUCUGGCAAGAAGGACUCUUGUGCCCUGAGCUGCCCCUCCCGGGCGCGUUUCUCACCAGAGUCUGAGAAUGGCUUCACUGUGAGCUGUGGCACUCCCAGCCCCAAGACUGCCCCAGCCCGAGCCAGCCACACUGGAAACAGCACAAACAGCAACCACUGCCAUGAGGCUGCAGUGCUGUUGGUUAAACAACGGGCCUCCUUCAAGAUCAAGGAUGCCAAGUGCCGUCUGCACCUGCGAAACAAAGGCAAAGCGGAGGAGGCUGGCAGGAUGCCAGGGCCAGGUGGUGCCCCCUGCUCUGACUGCCAGGUCACCUUCAUCCACCUCAAGUGUGACUCCUCUCGGAAGGGCAAGGGCCGACGGGCGCGAACCCCUCCAGGCAAGGAGGUUACCCGGCUGACCCUAGAACUUGAGGCAGAAGUCAAAGCUGAAGAAACCACAGCUGGCUGUGGGCUGCCCUGCCUCCGACAGCGAAUGGAAAGGCGACUGAAAGGAUCCCUCAAGAUGCUCAGAAAGUCCAUCAAUCAGGACCGCUUUCUGCUGCGUCUGGCAGGCCUUGAUUAUGAGCUGGCCCACAAGCCAGGCCCAGGAACUGGGGAGCGAGUAGAGCUGGUGGAGGCCUGCAGGCCUGGGCAGCACCGCACUGGGACUAAAUGUGUCAGCUGCCCGCAGGGAACGUAUUACCACGGCCAGACGGAGCAGUGUGUGCCAUGCCCAGCGGGCACCUUCCAGGAGAGAGAAGGGCAACUCUCCUGCGACCUUUGCCCUGGGAGUGAUGCCCAGGGUCCUCUCGGAGCCACCAACAUCACCACAUGUGCAGGUCAAUGUCCACCUGGACAACACUCUGUAGAUGGGUUUAAGCCCUGCCAGCCUUGUCCACGCGGUAGCUACCAGCCUGAAGCAGGACGGACACUAUGCUUUCCGUGUGGUGGGGGCCUCACCACCAAACAUGAAGGAGCCAUCACGUUCCAGGACUGUGACACAAAAGUCCAGUGCUCCCCUGGGCACUACUACAACACCAGCAUUCACCGCUGCAUCCGCUGUGCUCUGGGCUCCUACCAACCUGAUUUCCGCCAGAACUUCUGCACACGCUGUCCUGGCAACACCAGCACUGACUUUGACGGUUCCACCAGUGUGGCCCAGUGCAAGAAUCGUCAGUGUGGCGGGGAGUUGGGUGAAUUCACUGGUUAUAUUGAAUCUCCCAAUUACCCGGGAAACUACCCAGCCAGCGUGGAGUGCAUCUGGAACAUCAACCCCCCACCCAAGCGCAAGAUCCUUAUCGUGGUACCUGAGAUCUUCCUGCCAUCUGAGGACGAGUGUGGGGACGUCCUCGUCAUGAGAAAGAACUCCUCCCCAUCAUCCAUUACCACCUACGAGACCUGCCAGACCUAUGAGCGUCCCAUUGCCUUCACUGCUCGCUCCCGCAAACUCUGGAUCAACUUCAAGACCAGUGAAGCCAACAGUGCUCGGGGCUUCCAGAUCCCUUAUGUGACCUAUGAUGAAGACUAUGAACAGCUGGUAGAAGACAUUGUACGAGAUGGUCGGCUCUACGCCUCUGAAAACCAUCAGGAGAUUUUAAAGGACAAGAAGCUUAUCAAGGCCUUCUUUGAGGUGCUAGCCCACCCCCAGAACUACUUCAAGUACACAGAGAAGCACAAGGAGAUGCUACCAAAAUCCUUCAUCAAGCUGCUCCGCUCCAAAGUUUCCAGCUUCCUGAGGCCCUACAAAUAGUUUCCCUCAACCCAGAGACCCCAGUUUUGAAGUUCCCAGACUCCUUAGCCCUCAGAGCUGGCAGCCCCCACCUACAGACAAGGAACUUCCUCUUCUCUUUUUAGAGGGAAAACAAAAAUCACUAUACAGACCAGGCACACUCCCUUUCUAUUCUAGUUUUUUCUCCUUUUCUCUCUGCCUUUCUAUCUCUGUCUCCCAUAUUCUCUUUCCUACAUGCUCCCUGGAAAAGCCAUUCAGUGCUGGCUUUAUUUCCACUUAAGGGUGAAUAACAGUGCCCUCCUCUCCAAUCAAAAGCUCACAUCUCCAGAUCCAUCAGCUUGGGAGGGUGUGGGAGGUUCUUGAAGGAAAUGGGUCUAGUAGGGAACAGGGAGGGGAACUUGGGGACUUCUGCCAUUAUAGGGUUGUGCCUUGAUAGUCGGGAGCCAAACAUUCCCUGACAAUGUCCCCCAGGGUCAUUUUACCAGCCUAGGUCCUGCCAAAGAAGCCUUUGAUCUACAAACUUAAUGCCAGCACCUCUGGGGCUCAUGGCUGGAGUCCUGGAACCCACACAAUUGGUUGGCCUUCUUGUCUGUACAGCAUAUCUCCUCCUCCCUCAUAUGUCUGCCUGGGGUCUAUUCCAUAAGGGCUUACAGAUACACCUCUGGGCUAGCGGACAUCAGGUGAAUGGAAAAAAGCAAUAGACAUAUUGGUGAAUGUGCCACAGUGGCUCUCCAAGAGAAAGACUGUAACUCUGCAGGACAGAUACCAGGUUUUAAAGCAU